AUGAAUAAAGCAAAUCAAAAGGGAUCUCAAGAGAGAGUGAACAUCCCUAAGCCCAGAUGCUCCAAUGCUCCGUUUAUUGUCACAUUACAGCAAGAGCUGUAUAAAAUUACAACUGAUGAAGAUACGAUACCAGGUAUGAAGCCUAAUAAGAGUAUCAUUAUCAAACAAAAGGAUGAUAUGAAUGAAGCUCUUAGUUUGGGAGAUAAAGGCAAUGAAGAGACUAAAUUUGAUGAGCAAUUCUCACAGAGCUCUAUCUCUGGAAAGCCAUCACCAUUUAUGAAUAAUGAACCAGAAAUUCCAUUGUUGAGGCAGGACUUUAGAAAAGCUGCCAUUCGAAAUAAGAGUUGGGACAAUUUUUGUACUGGGACUGUCCUUCUUGAGAGUAGAUAUCGUAAUUCUCUGAAACACUGCAAAAUCCAAUGUGAUUAUGAAUGAUUCGAACUUAUGAAGCAAAUUUCAAGCAUUAUGCAAACGAUCUCAAAGGAAUCCUUUUCCUGGAAUUUUCUUAAAGAAAUGUGCAAGAUCAUCGGUGAAUUCAUUGAGACUAGAGAACUAGAGAUUCAUACUGAUCGGCUUAAGGUAAUUAUUGAAAAGUUCGAUGACUCUAAGAAGAAAUUCGUUCAAGAAAUGCUCUCACCUAAAAAUGAGUUGGAGAGAGGAGAUUUCUGCCGCAAAAUGUUGUACCAGAUUCGGUACAUAUUCUCUAAGCCGGGAAGGUUAUUAAACCUCCGUGAAAAUCCUCUAAUUAACAAGUAUAUUGAGAAAGAUUAUAAGAAGUUAGUCAAGACAGUGACAAAGGUGAACAAGAAAUUUGUAGAUGAUUGGAAAGCUAGAAACCGCAAAUUGAUCAACAUUGAUGCACACAACAACGAAAAUGGCAAGAUAGCCAUUUACAUGACUUACAAGAACAGCAUCACUCAGUGGAAAAAAGAGUUGGAGUACGCACAUUAUAAAAAGGAUAAGACUGCUACUAUUCAGUGAAGAAUCUGUGGAAAUCAAGUUAUUGCUUCCCAGGUCGAUAAGCAUAGUAAAUUAUGCCUAGAAAGAAUCAAAACUAAGGAGAAAUCAAGUAAGAUAGAUAGAGAAUUCAUGGAAAUCUCUAAUAUGAUAACUAAUGAGAUGUCUGAGCUAACUAAGAGAAAGAUCCAUUCUGCUGUUAUUAGCAAGAGAUCAAUUAACAACAGGAAUGGAAGUAUUAAUUCUUUAUCCAUUAAUUCUCCACUUAUCACGAACAGAGGAGGUUCAAAUCAGUUUUCAUUUAAUGAGAGCAAACUUACUAAGCAGCCUUGCACUCCUGCAAUGCCUUCAAGACCAAAAGGAAUGGAUUUGACAACUCCAAACAAUAUUUUCUUCAACAAAUUUUAUGAUAAGAAGAUUCAAGAGGAAGAUGAUCAAAGACAGGUCCUUGAAAAAGAGAGUAAGCCAAAGCCAAUGUUCAGAACUCUUAACAGGGACAAAGGAGUGGUCAAGCCUCCUCUUCCUUUUGAGAGAAAAGAGGUGGCAGUAAAGACCAGCAUCGAUCAGAUAUCUGAAAACAAAAACAAUACAACAAUGGAGACCACACCAGAGAUUAAGAAGAUAGGAUUUGAUGCCAAACUCGCUAUUAGUAACAUAAAAGAUGAGGAAGAGAAGAAAUUGGUUGAUGAAGACUCUAAAUUUAACGACAAUCUGAAAGCAUUCAACAAGUUCCUUCAACCUCUCGAAAGUUUACAAAAAGUUGAAGAUAGCAAAACUGUUACCUUUACUCCUGCAAUGAACAAGAGGAAACUCAAUAGAGAAGUUAACACUAACAAUAUUGAUGUCAAAAAGGAAGAUAAGAAGAAAAGAUUCCCAGAUGUUCACUUGAAAACACAGUCAAACUUCGACCGGUUCCAGAAAGACGACAAUCCUUUAUUACUGUACUCCAAAAAUAAGAGCGUCAAAGAGAAUAAAGUGAAAGAAUCCUUUAAUAUCCUCCAAAAGCUUGGAGGAGCAUCUACUUCUCCUUCUAAGAAGAUAGAGAAGUUUGAAAUCUUCAAAAUGCCAGAGUUUACCCCUAAAGUCCCUGAAAAUCCACUAAAGGAAUACUCUUUCCAAAGAGAUAUAACCACUGAGAAUUCUGAUGCCAGUAUUAACGAAGAAGAACGAGAUAAACCGGGGAAUCUUCCUGAGAUGAGGAAGACAAUCUCUGAGCCAGGCUCGGACCAGAAGAAGGUUAGUGACAAGUUUGAAAAGAAGCUUCCAGGAGAUUUCCGUCGAAACUCAGUUGCAGUAUCCAAGGACAGCUUAAAGCCCAAAAAGAAAUCCUCUUUAUAUAGAAGAAAUCUGUAUGGAAGCAAGAAGAAAAAGAUACUAAGCGUGAUCCAAGAAGAGAUAAAGGGGUCACAAGAUGUCACUCCUUUGGAAGAAGCCCCUAAGACUCCGUAUUACCAAAAUGCUAUUUUUGGAGAGAACAAGAGUCUUCUGUAUUACUCUAGCUCCCAUGAAGCAAUGUUUGAGACUAAGAAAGAAUUCAAAGCUCACUUGGCAAAAAUACUUGAAUACAACAAACUUUUGAAGAACAAAUAUGAAAAAUCUAUCUCUGCUGACUUAAGCAAGCCUGAGAGCAAGCGACCAGAAAUUAAGAGCAUUGGAACCUUAUUAAUGGAGAUCUACAAGACUAGUGGGUCUAAUUUAAUGGAGAAACAAUUACAGACUGUCAUUAAUAAAUGCACGACUAAAGAUUUCCUUACAAUUUUGGACUUCAACAUUACCAAAAUCCAACAAAGUAUAACGCAAAUAAAUGAGGAGAUUGCUAAGCAACAAGAGGAGCCAAAGAAAACAGCUGAGGAUAAAGUCAUUAAGAAAGUGAAGAAGGUUGAGGAGUUUUCAUCAUCUUGUUCAGAUUCAAGCUUUUCUUCAUCGCCUAAAUAAAAUCAACAGGUAUAACAAAAGUUUUUCCCAGGUCUCUGAGAAUGUUAAUCAAUCAAUCAGUAACAACUCUGAUCUCCUAGAGAAGAUGCAGAAGUUCAGAUUUAUUGAGAAAAGUCCAGUUGUUGAAGAGUUUGGAGACACUUCAUCCUCUGGAAGCAACCAGGCAGAACCUAGAAAAUUAUCAAGUAAGAAGAAGUCAAAAUUCUGUAAAAGGGAGAAAAUAGAGUCAAUGGAUGUACUAAGCCCUUUCCCAAAUAUGCCACUUCAAAAGCCAAAGAGAGAAGUCAGGUAUGACUCUGGAGUUGGGUCUCAGCAAUUCUUGAAAGGAGGCAAUACUGUCUCUCUCGUUUCAAGUCUUGUAGACCACACAAUCAGGAAUACCAAUAUGAUGGAAGUCUACGAAAGGUUUAAAUUCCUGUCUAAAGAAUGCUUCAGGACUCAGGGCAAAGAAAUAUUCCUGUUCAAAAUGGUCUUCAAUGAGGUAGAUCUUUACCUCAAGAGUUAUGAUGAAGAUGAAGAAGACUCAGGCUGGGAUUCUGACCAGGAGGUAGGCGUCAUCUCUAUUGCAAAAAAGCUAAAAAGUGCUAUUGAAGAUAAACUAGAGUUGUUUGAACAACUUGACGAAGUUGAGAGAAAUCUUUUUGAAUCAAACAUGAGUUCUAUUAUUGAGAGGAAUUCUUCAGUCUCAUCUAGUCAUAGAGAAGUCAAUGUUAGUGGCUCAAAGAAUAACAAAGAAGGUAGCUUUAGAACAGAGGAGACUUGUAAUACAAAGGAAGAUAACUUUGAUAUAAUCCCUGAUUGUGGUCAGUCUAAUCUUUAUAAAAAUGUGUUGAAGAAAAUCAAUACUGAUGCAGGGACAAAGAAAGAGCCCUUAAGUCCUGCUAUUAAUUUAAAUUUCUUUGAUUCAGACUCUACAAUAGCUCAGAAGGAUGACGAAAGUUUAAAUACACCAACAGAUAGCAAGAAAGGUGUUUAUAAAUCAAGAAUGGCUCAGAAGGUGAGCUCUUCAACAUUCUAUGCGCCUAGGAGCAGUUCUAUACAGAGUAUCAGAUCUAACAAAAGUAAUAUCACUAAUAAGAAGACAAAGAAGAGUGAUAAAAAACAUCAAAAGCAAAUUAGAAUUUUUCCAAAGAGAAAGGUGUCUUUUUCUUCAGAAUCUGAAUCAGAAUCAAAAUCAAAAUCAAAUUCAUGUUCUAGAGCAAGUUCUCCAAGCUCAGCUUUAAUUAUCUCUGAGGUCUACCCAAAGAUAUCUAGUAAUGAUUCAAAACCAACUAAGGGUCUUAGCAAAUUUGCUAAUAAGAAGUCACUAAUCAAAAGUAGGAAAGGAGGUCUCAGUAGACUCUCAAAGAUGAAAGGAUUCAAGACUAAGAAAGAAAAGAUUGGACAGAAGGAAAAGCUCCAAAUAUCUGAAACUAAAGAUGAUAUAUCAUCCAAUAAUGAUAGUAAUAACAAGGUCCUUGCUCCUUUGAAAGAGGUCUCUGAGGUCGAUAGCCCUUAUGUGGGUAAUAAUAUAGAGCAGUUUAUAAACUUCUCUGAAAAGGAAGAAGUAAAGCAAAUAUCUCUACAUAUGCGAGAGGUUUCUAUCCCUAUACCACUGGAUAAAGUUAAAUCUGGUCCUGAGAAUCUUAUGAAAUCUCAGGGAUUUGAGGAAUCUCUUAAUCAAAAAGAAAAAUUAGGCCUCCCAAUACCAAAGACAGUCCUCUCAAAAGUGAAUGAGAUGGAUGAAUCACCUGCUAUGAACUCAGUUAUUGAAGCGAAAUCAGCAGUUAAGAAAAACGCGGAUACAAAUAUUUAUACUCCUAAAGUGGCCUUCACAUCGAAACUAGCAGAUCCAAAGGCUAGAAUGAUAAACAAGAGGAAGACUAUUUUUAAGGUAGAUACGUUCAACUCCAUUCUCGAUUCCUUCGGCUCGGAACAAAUCCAAGUAAGGCCACCUAAAAAGAGAGGAAAUUCAAUAGUAAUGCAGUCUGUGAGAAAUUCUUCAUCUGUUGCCCUCCCAACUCUCGAAGAAAAUGUAAAAUCAACUCGGAGGCUUUCAUUGUCUCAUGAUAGAGGAGCCCCAAAAAUUAUGAAGAAUAGGUCAAAAUCUUUAGUUCUCUCCAAAAUUAUAAAGGAUACUAUAAGACCUAGAAGGGUUAUAUCAGACUUCCAUGAACUCCUAAAUGUGAGAGCAAACAUAACCAUUGGUCUGUUCAAUUCCCACCAAGAAAAACUGAAGAAGACUCAAGAGGAGAAGCAAAAUAAGAGUGAAAAGUCCGAAGAAAGCAUUAGUAAUAAUGAAUCUGUCUCAGAAGUCGAUUCUUCAAGUAAUGACUCAGUAUUUUGUGAAGACCAUAAGAGCUUAGUCAGGUUUUAUAGCCUCCCUAUUCUUCCAUCAGAGAAGGAUUGACUGGAGAUAAAAUUCAAUGAUGGGCUAUCCAAUGUCCAGAAUGCCAAACUGAAGAAGACCACUAUUAAUGAUUUCUACCUGCUCAGAGCUGUUAGCCAUGGCGCCUAUGGCAAGGUAUGCCUUGCUAGAAAGAAGCAGACGAGAGAUCUCUUUGCUAUUAAAAUCAUGGAUAAAGAGAAAAUGGAGGAAAAAGGAGUCACAGAUCUUGUCAUGAACGAGAGAAAUAUUCUUAACAAAAUAGAUAACGAGUACGUGGUCAGAGGAGUCUACACCUUCCAAACAAAGAAGUUCCUCUAUAUCGUAAUGGAGUACAUGAUGGGAGGGGAUUUUGCAAACUUACUAGAAGGAGUCAAGGCUUUUGAUGAAGAUGCAGCCAGAUUUUACCUCGCUCAGCUCACUAUAGCGGUCAACUAUCUUCAUUCAAGAAAUAUUAUUCAUAGAGAUCUCAAGCCUGAUAAUAUUUUGGUUGACUCUGAAGGAAUGAUCAAGCUAACUGAUUUCGGUCUCUCAGAGAUUAAUAUGAACAACUAUUUGACUAAAUAUCAGGAAACUAAGAGCAAAAAGAUGAGCAAUAAUACCUUUGUAAACUCAGACAGUGACUCUGAUGAAGACUCUGACUAUGAACCUCCAACACCAGCUGGUGGUUUAAUGGUCAAAAAGCUUGAUUCUGAGUUUCUAAGGCUUGAAGCGCAUAGUAAUAAGCUUAAAAUUAAGCAAAAUUUGAAUAACAUCCAGAACCAUAAAGUUCUAGGAUCAAUGGUAAAUAAGAGAAAGAAGGUUCUAGGAACUCCUGAUUAUAUCGCUCCAGAAGUAAUCCUUGGAAAAGAAGUCACUAAAAAUGUAGAUUGGUGGGCUGUCGGAGUUAUCGCAUAUGAAUUCAUGACUGGAGGCCUGCCUUUCAAUGAUGAUUCUCCUGAGAAGAUAUUCGACAACAUUAAGAAUAGGAAAAUGAAAUGGCCUAAAGCUAUCGAAGAAACCUUAAGCAAAGAAGCAUGUAGCCUGAUCAGGAGUUUGAUGGAUUAUGACCCAAACAAAAGGCUUGGCUCUAACGGAAUUGAAGAUAUCAAAAGCCAUCCCUUCUUUAAGGAUCUCGAUUGGGACAAUCUAAAGAGCAUGAAGCCUCCAUUUGUUCCUUGUGUCCAAAACGAAAUAGAUACUACUUUCUUUGCUGAUGAUAAGAAGUUUAAUGUGAAAGAACUCCAGGAGAUCCAGAAUGAUAUGGGUAGCUAUAGCCAUAACUUCCAGGAUUUCGACUCAACAGUGUACAAUACCUUGGUCGAUAUCAACAAAAAAGAAGCAGAAAAGAUGAUACUUAAACUGGAUGGUUUGAAAAAGAGAGAGGAAAAUAUUCAAGGAAGUGAAGAUUCGGAUAAGAAUAAGAGAUACGAUGGUCAAUUAGACGACUUAUUCCAAUAA